ACCUUUGGGAAGCCGUGGGCGCCUGCUUACAGGCGUCUUAGUUUUCUCGCCCCUUCUGGUGGACCUGGCUGGGCUGGGCGGGCACUGCUUACCACAUCCUCCUGAUCCCCACCCCUUGCCUAGCCUCAGACAGACACCACAGCCUCUGCUGGUGACUCUGUGCAUCAGGCGAGCACAGCUGUCUGCCCACUUCUCCUGUGUGUGCCUGACAGCUGCUUGCCUGUCUGACUGCAGGUCUGUCCAUCCCUGGGGCGGCCAACUGGCCCCAGCCCCGGCUGUGCCCUGUCUUUGGCUGGCUGCCCCAGCUCUGCUGACGCCCUCUUUGUAAGCCCUGUCUAAAUGCCCAGCUAGCCCUCAGCCCCAGGACUGUCUCAGUGGUGACUCCUUUAGAUUCUGGACUUGCACCGGACUGGACCCCUGCCCACCUUCUUAAACCCACACCAACCACCAUCACUCUGAGUCCCUCUGUGACUCCCAUCCCCAGGAGGCCACCUGGUUGCCCCAGCCUGAGGAAUGGCUUUCUGAGGAGGACCUUGAAGAAGCAGGUCUGGGACACAGCAUGCCACAGGGCUUGGCUGCUCCCUUGCUCCUGCUGAUCCUCCAGGGAGCUCGGGGCUGCCUGGAUCUCACCUGCUACACUGACUACCUCUGGACCGUCACCUGUGUCCUGGAGACAUGGACCCUCCACCCCUACACACUUACUCUCACCUGGCAAGAUGAAUACGAGGAACUACAGGACAAAGAAACCUCUUGCAGCCUGCAUAGGUCGGGCCACAACGCCACACAUGCGCGGUAUACGUGCCACAUGCCCUUGUCCGGAUUCAUGGCCGAUGACGUUUUCAUUGUCAACAUGAUGGACCACUCUGGCAACAGCUCCCAGGAGUGUGGCAGCUUUGUCUUGGCAGAGAACAUCAAGCCAGCCCCCCCUUUCAAUGUGACCGUGACCUUCUCUGGACGUUAUGAUAUCUCCUGGCAUUCAGAUUAUUAUGAAGAACCUGCCUUCUACGUGCUGAGGGGCAAGCUACAAUAUGAGCUGCAGUAUCGGAACCUCAGAGACCCCUAUGCUAUGAGGCCGGUGACCAAGCUGAUCUCGGUGGACUCAAAUAACGUCUCCCUUCUCCCUGAAGAUUUCCACAAAGACUCUACCUACCAGCUGCAGGUGCGGGCAGCACCCCAGCCAGGGACUUUAUUCAGGGGGACCUGGAGUGAGUGGAGUGACCCUGUCAUCUUUCAGACCCAGGCUGAGGAGCUCGAGGCAGACUUGGACCCUCACCUGCUGCUGCUGCUGCUGCUCCUUCUGGUUGUCUUGGUUCCCGGCCUGAUUUUCUUGGGUCUGAAGAUCGACCUGCCUUGGAGACUAUGGAAGAAGGUCUGGGUACCAGUGCCCAGCCCUGAGAGUUUCUUCCAGUCCCUGUACAAGGAACACAGCGGGAACUUCAAGAAAUGGGUGGAUACCCCUUUCACGGCCUCUAGCCUGGAGCUGACACCACAGAGUCCCACAGCAACCUCAGUCCUACAAGUGCACGACAGCUGUUCGCCCUCAUACCCAGCCAAGGAAAAGAAGUUCCUGGGGCCACCAGGCCUGGAAGAGCAGUUGGAGUGUGAUGGGACGUCUGAGCUUGGCCCCUGCUGCACAGUCCCCUUGGCAGCCGGCCCAGGCCACUCUGCCUACAGUGAGGAGAGAGAUCGGCCAUAUGGUCUGGUGUCCAUUGACACGGUGACUGUGGGGGAUGCAGAGGGACCAUGCGCCUGGCCCUAUAGCUGUGGGGAUGACGGCUACCCAGCCCUGAACCUGGAUGCUGGUCCAGAGUCUGGCCCUAAUGCAGAGGAUCUGCUCUUGGUCACAAACACCACUUUUCUGCCCUGUGGCUGUGUCUCAGGUGGUGGCCUCAGGCUGGGAGGUGCCCCAGGCAGCCUCCUGGACAGGUUGAGGCUGCCCCUUGCUCAGGAAAGGGACUGGACCGCAGGCCCACCCUGGAGAACGGGGUCCCCAGGAGGGGGCUCUGAGAGUGAGGUGGGCUCCCCUCCGGGUCUAGACAUGGACACUUUUGACAGCGGCUUUGCAGGAUCAGACUGUGGCAGCCCUGUGGAGAGUGAUGACGGGCCCCCUCGCAGCUACAUACGCCAGUGGGUGGUCAGGACCCCUCCACCUGUGGACAGCGGAGCCCAGGGCAGCUAGCAUACGAAACCAGCUGUGAUAAGAAGGGGACCAGAAGUGGGCGGGCUUUCGAGCCUGCCAUUUACAGUGUGAAUAUGUAGGUAUGUGUGUGUCCAUGUGUGGCUCGGGUGUGUGUUCCCACAUCCUUGUGUGAGAAAUGCCUGUACAUGCCCUGUGUUCACAGUUGUAUCUGUGUGUGUCUGCCUGAGCUCACUAUGUUCACGCAUGAGUGUAGAUGUCUCCUAGACAUGAGCCUCUGACUCCUCCCCUGCAGACGUGUGGGGUGGCCACAGUCAGUGUCUAGAGUCUGGUCCAGGUUCCUAACCCAGGGCACUAUCACCACACCCAGCCCUGUCAGGUGCCACCUCUAAGAAGCUAUGAAGGCAGUGAGUGAAUAGAGUGAGCCUACAGCAUCUGCUGGAGUGGGAAGGUUUUUGGGGGAACCUAGGGAUGUAACUGUGAACCCCAGUACAGGUGGCCCAGGCUUUGUAGCCUGGAGAAGCCCCUUCUGAACACUGCAGGCUUCGCUUUCCUGGACAUUAGGAAUGGUUGGCUGCCCUGGCUCAGCCCGAUGCAGUUUACAGUCCCUUUCAGCUUCUUGAUUUUUGUGGCUUUUAGGACCAGGUGCAUGCCCCAAGGAGGGAGAAUGGGAAAAGGCAGCCUACACUCACAGCCUGGAGAAUCUUGAGAUGGGCACUCAGUGGAAUUCUGGGCUGUGACAUACACAGCCUGGUCCUCAGAAGCAG